AUGCUCCGAUAUCACCCGGAUCACGAUCAACUUCUCCUUUCUGAAGUGAAACUAACAAAAACAGAGGAUGAAGAUGAAGUGACAGAGCAAUUGCCGGAUGGGGAACUCGAUCGAAUCAUCGAACACGAGGACACCGUUUGCGCCGUGCAAUGGUCGACUGCGGAACCGUGGACCUACGCCUCGCUGAGGUUUCGAUGGAAGAGUGGUGGUGAGCCGAGUGAGUGGCAACACAAAUACACCCUCAUGCAACUA